CUCGAACUCUCCGCACCGUUCUUCUUGGACCUGCAUUCUAUCUAUCUGCAAAGCGUUCUUCUAGCCUGUUGAGCGACGUUUUUUGAAGAUACCCUUGGAUUCUGCUUCGCAUCUGACGACCCCUUUCGCACUAUAUCGUCGAUUUCGACCUACUCGAUACCCUAUCAUCGUCUGCAUAUAAAAAAGUUACUUUAAUUCUUAUAAGAACAUCUGCAUAAAAUGGCGUCGGGCCCUGCGACUCAGUCAUUGAAGUGUGUGGUGACCGGAGACGGUGCUGUCGGCAAGACAUGUCUUCUAAUCUCUUAUACAACCAAUGCCUUCCCUGGAGAAUAUAUUCCCACCGUGUUUGACAACUACUCAGCAAGUGUGAUGGUCGAUGGCCGGCCCAUCAGCUUGGGAUUGUGGGAUACUGCAGGACAGGAGGAUUACGAUCGACUGCGCCCCUUGUCGUAUCCACAGACCGAUGUUUUCUUGAUCUGCUUCUCGAUCGUCAGCCCGCCCUCUUUCGACAACGUCAAGGCCAAGUGGUACCCUGAAAUCGAGCACCACGCGCCAAACGUUCCGAAGAUCCUGGUCGGCACCAAGCUGGAUCUACGAGAAGACAAGGCCACCACCGAGGCUCUCCGCGCAAAGAGAAUGGAGCCUGUCUCAUAUGAGCAGGCGCUCGCGGUGGCCAAGGAGAUCAAAGCUCACAAGUACCUUGAAUGCUCUGCGCUGACUCAGCGUAAUCUGAAGAGCGUGUUCGAUGAGGCUAUCCGUGCUGUUCUUAAUCCGCGCCCUGCCCCGAAACCGAAGAGUAAGAAGUGUCUCAUUCUGUAAAGCAUCGAAAGUGUCCAUUUCAUACAUUUACCAGUAGUUAAUUUCUUUAUUUUCUUGAUAUUUAUUCCAAGGCGUCC